CGAUUCUCGGCAGCAAGUGUAGCAAUAUCCUUCCUGAAUUCUAUGUCUCGAUUUGCGCAACUUCAAAUCCGCAAGAUUGUAGUACAUGAAGAGAACAGGGCCGUGGCUUGGCCCCAGUGUCACGCGCAAGGCUUUAUCCCGUUCUGUCAACGCAACCCAAAGCUACGAAUCGAGCGAGUCGAUCUCUGGAAGGCGACACUACCAGCCGCAUCGGGCUUGUUGAUAGACAACGAAAACCCGCGACCUUACCAUUGGGGGGGAAAGGCGUGCGAUUGUGCGCAGGCCGACUCGAUCACGUCGGGGAUUCACGACGAAUAGGGCUGCAUCGCCAGCUGGAUCAUGGAAGUGAUGUCCCUACAUUCCCUUGGGAUGCCACCUCAAUCCUUCCGCAUGGUCAUCGAUGGUGAUCUUACUCCGACACAAUCGACACGC